GUGUCUUUGCCAAAGGUCUACAAGCCUUACAAGCAAAGCGUCAUUCAUUCAUUCAUUCAUAUACGUGCUCUUUUAAUGAGCUCCUCUCAUUUCCCAAACCUGGGUUCUCUCUCUCCAUGCUUCUACACCAGGCAUUGUAUUCUCAGCUGCAAAUAAAUUAUCCUUCUUCUCUGAUCCUCGUUUGGAUAACGUCUCCCUCACAUUCUCUCAUGCGACCCAGAAACUGAAACACCCCCUCAACAUUUCUUGAUUGAAUUGGAAACACCAUACUCCAUGCCUCCUCUUGAUUUUAAAGACAUUCAGGAUAAGCUCUCUACUCAUUUUAGACCCUUGCAUCGCUCCUUUCAAUUCUGGGUUCGCGCAGCUGAUAUCUACACUGGGUACAAGGUGUUUCAACUUCGAGUGAGUUUGAUUAAGGAUGUGCAGAAGCAGGAAGCAAUGUGGGAAAGGCAGCAUGAGUUGGCUGCUGAGAAGAUUUACGCCAUGUGCUCUGAUCUUGGCGGAUUUUUCCUUAAGAUCGCCCAAGUCCUUGGAAAACCUGACUUGGCCCCUGCUGCAUGGGUGAGAAGGUUAGUUACACUGUGCGAUAGAGCUCCUGCAACGCCAUUUGAUACUGUUCAACUUGUGCUGGAGAAGGAAUUAGGUCGAAGUAUUGGAGAAAUUUUUGAAAAUUUUGAAGAAGAACCUCUUGGUUCUGCUUCAAUUGCUCAGGUUCAUCGGGCGAGACUGAAAGGUGAUAAGAGUGAUGUUGUUGUCAAGGUGCAACAUCCAGGGGUCCAGGAGCUGAUGAUGACAGAUAUUCGGAACUUACAAGCAUUUGCUUUAUACAUGCAAAAGACAGAUAUCAAAUUUGAUCUGUACUCUGUGACUAGAGAAAUGGAGACACAGAUUGGAUAUGAAUUUGACUUCAUGAGGGAGGCUAAUGCUAUGGAAAGAAUUCGGCGUUUUCUGUAUGAGAAUAACAAAAAAAGUCCUGUUUUGGUGCCGCGAUUGCUGAAGGAUAUGGUCACCAGGAGGGUCUUGGUAAUGGAGUACAUUGAUGGAAUCCCAAUCCUGAAUCUGGGCGAUGAAAUAGCCAAAAGGGGAAUAGAUCCUGGUAGUAAGAUUGCAGCAGCAGCAAAACAGAACAUACUUAAAAGUCUGACACUAGCAUAUGGACAAAUGAUAUUGAAAAGUGGUUUCUUCCAUGCAGAUCCUCAUCCAGGAAAUAUCUUAAUAUGCAAAGGUUCUGAGGUUGCCUUGUUAGACUAUGGUCAAGUGAAGGAUCUCCCAGAUUCAUUAAGGCUUGGAUAUGCUAAUUUGGUACUCGCUAUGGCUGAUAAUGACCCUAUAAAAGCAUCAGAGAGUUACAGAGAGCUUGGCAUAGGUACGCUGAGCAAAUGUGAGAAUGAACUACAGGAAUUGCUCAGGUUGGCCCAAACUAUGUUUGAUUCCAAACUACCUCCGGGAGUUGCAAUGCUGCAGCCUUUCUCAGAGGAUUCCUCAAUUAAAAAGAUUGCUGUUCAGGCUUUCCCAGAAGAACUGUUUUCUGUUCUUCGCACUGUGCAUCUUUUAAGAGGUCUUAGUGUUGGUCUUGGAAUCAAUUAUUCGUGUGCAGAACAAUGGAGACCCAUUGCAGAGCAAGCAUUAUAUCUUGCUGGCAGAUUAAAAGAUAAAGAUCUCAAGACUAGAGUUCAUAAGCGCCAUUUAUUUAGAAGGUUACUUCGGAGAGGAGUAAAGGACUAAUGAUAAACCUCUGUAGUAUCAUCCCAAUUUUCUAGUAUGCCGCGGCUCUGCCAGUCUUCAAGCUUCAGAACUCAAAUGGUAUUUUCUUGAACGAGCACAGUAGGAAAAAAAUGUCCAUCUCCUUGAUGUCCUCAAAACAUUGACAAAAUGUUCUUAUGCGUUGAGAAAAGAUUUCCCAAUCACAUUGCUGUAUUUCCUCAUAUAAGUUAUUAAUUCAUCAUUUGAGUAAAA